UGCAACUUCGAGGCCUGUACGACAACCUCGUACCGCGACGCCGCCUACUUCGGGCUAUGCCCACCCUAAUCGGUAGUUUUCACUACCACCAUCUUUGAUGGACUUAGUUAUUGGAUACCACAUAGCUGGUAUCGAGACGGUCUUUUCGUAGGUGCUAUCGCUUCCGCUGAUUUCCGACAUCAUGGACGAGGAGUUGUCUUACGAGUCACUCAUGGCUACGGACAAUGGUCUGUCCUUCUAACUGAAUUUCUCGCUGCAACUUUAGUUGGGUUCCUGCUAACUCAUUAGUUCAUUGCAGACGCCGUCGAGGCUGCGCAAGCCGAAGUCGUGGUUGCUAACAACCGCGCUGACGCCGCUGAGGCUCGAGCUUUUGCUGCUGAGACUCGUGCUGUGGCCGCUGAAGCUCGCGCGGCGCUCGCUGAGGCCGCGGUUACGCAAUUGCAAAGCGUGAUUCGGACCGUUUCACACGCUCUCAACAGCGUUGAGCUGCCUUCCGCCACGCGCAAUGCUGGCGGCGCGGCUGCUGAUGCCGCGCCUGCCCCUGCCGCUGCUGCGCCUGCUCCUGCGCCUGUGGCUGCUGCUGCUGUCGCGCCUGUUCGCGCUGAUGAGGUACUUAAAGUUGAUGUUCCGGUGUUCGGAUUCGCUCUAGUGAGUGGAAACACGUUACCCUCGCUGACGGAGGUAAGCAGGACAUUCUGGGCCAAGUGACGCUGCGCCUGUCUGUAGGGCACAUGCAUCUCACGCUGCAGCCGUUUGUCUUGCCAGAGCUCACUGACGCUGCGUCGUACAUCUUGGGAUCUGCUACCCUUGAUAAGUACGCUGCCGUACUCGAUUUCGGUGCUCGCUGUUUGCGCCUGCGCAAGGGCACUCUGACCUGCAAGGUUCCUGUGUGUUUUGCGUCGAGUACACCUGAUGCCUCUCCGCCCGUUGUUAACUUUGCCGCUGCUGCUCUUUGUCAGCAGGCCGUGCCCGAAACGGUUGGUCGCAAGGCUGCUGUGCGCAUGCUUCGUAAGGGAGCCCAUGCCUUGCUCGUCCGCCCUAAGCUGCAGCUUAACAACGCUGUACCGCAGUCCGCUGACAAGGACCCGCAGGUUGAGGCUCUGCUGGAAGAGUACGCUGAUGUGUUCCGCGAGAUUCCUGGUUUACCGCCCAUGCGUCCCGUGGAUCACACCAUUCCCCUGAUGCCUGAGGCGCAGCCUGUUUCGCGCCCCAUGUACCGCCACAGUCCCCUGGAGUUGGAUGAGGUUAAGCGUCAGGUGACUGACCUGCUGAAGAAAGGUAUGAUCCGCCCGAGUACGUCCCCGUAUUCUGCCCCCAUUCUGUUCGUGGGCAAGAAGGACGGUACGCUGCGCAUGUGCAUUGACUACCGGGGUCUUAACGCUGCUACUGUUAAGAACAAGUACCCGCUGCCACGGGUCGAUGAUCUCUUGGAUAAGCUGAAGGGUUCGGCGUACUUCUCUUCCAUUGAUCUGCAGCAGGGUUAUAACCAAAUCCGCAUUGCUGACUCUGACAUUCCAAAGACUGCUUUCCGUACUCCGUAUGGGCACUACGAGUACACUGUCCUCAGCUUUGGUCUUGUUAACGCCCCUGCCACGUUCCAAGCCGUUAUGGACCGUACCUUCAGGCAGUACAUUGAUAAGUUCGUCGUUUGCUAUCUGGAUGACAUCCUAGUCUACUCUAAGACCAAGGAAGAACACCUGGAGCAUCUGCGGCUCGUGUUUGACAUCCUUCGGAAGCAACAGCUGUACGCCAAGCGUUCCAAGUGCCAUUGGGCUCAAUCGCAGGUUGAGUACUUGGGCCACAUCGUUUCUGUUGACGGUGUUCGCAUGGACCCCCGCAAGACUGCUGCUGUGCGGGAUUGGCCUGUUCCGACCAAUGUUCAAGAGCUCCGUAAGUUCUUGGGUCUGACGAACUACUUUCGUAAGUUUAUUGCGCGCUACUCUGUUCUGGCGGCGCCUCUUACGAGUCUCACGGGCAAGAAUGCUUUCUCGUCCCCUGCUGCCUGGACUCCUGCCUGCCAAGCUGCUUUUGACGCCAUUAAGCGCACUGUUGCUGGUGAUAUCGUUUUGCGCUUCCCUGAUUUCUCCCUGCCUUUUCGUGUCGAGGUUAUUACCGAUGCGUCCCUUUACGGCACUGGAGCUGUUCUGUUGCAGGAAGGGCGUCCUGUCGCCUUCACGAGCAAAAAGUUCUCGUCCGCCAAGCGCAACUACACUACGGGUGAACAGGAAUUGCUCGCGGUGUUGCAUGCUCUUCGCGAGUGGCGCUGCUAUCUGGAGGGCCGUCCGUUUGUCGUCAAGACUGACCACAAGCCCCUCACUUUCUUGCAAGGGGUCCCUACGUUGAACCGCCGACAGGCUCGCUGGAUGGAGUAUAUGGCGCGUUUCAACUACAACUGGGAGUAUCUGUCCGGCUCGCUCAACAUUGCUGAUGCGCUUAGCCGACACCCCAACUUGCAUGCUGUCUUUCUGUCUGCGGUUACGCGUAGCCAGACUGCGCAAUCUGCCCAGCCGCCGUCCGUUUCUGAGUUUGCUGCCCGCAUUAAGCGUGGUUACUCAACUGACCCAUGGUUCACUGUUGCCAAAAAUACCGCGAGGCUGACUUCUGAUCGUGGUUUUUGGGUCCGUACAGAUGGUGAUCGCCGACAGUUUGUCGUCCCGAAUGACGACGCUCUGCGCCGAGAUCUCCUGCGGAAGUUCCAUGACGGUCCUCUGGCUGGACACCCUGGCUGCACGCGUUUGGUGGAACUCCUGCGCCGUACCUUCUGGUGGCCUCGUAUGGCUAAGGACGCCGAGAACUACGUCCUCUGUUGCAGUGAGUGUCAGGCUAACAAACCCCUGUCGGGCAAGGGUCACGGUCUGUUGCAACCGCUGCCCAUUCCGAAUGCGCCCUGGGAAAGUGUCUCUAUGGACUUUGUUGUCGCACUGCCCAAAACUGAAGGGGGAUACGACGCUGUCCUUGUCUUGGUUGACCGUUUAACGAAGAUGACACACCUGGCUCCUACCACCACCGCCUGUACUGCUGAGCAAACUGCUCGCCUGUUCUUUGAUAACGUGGUACGUUUGCAUGGAGUCCCUGCUAACGUGGUCUCUGAUCGUGGUCCUCAAUUCGCAAGUAAGUUUUGGGCUGCGUUGGGUGAGCUGCUGUCUAUGCGCGUCAAUCUGUCGACUGCGUAUCACCCUCAGACCGACGGUCAGACUGAGCGUGUUAACCGCACGUUAGGUGACAUGCUGCGCAACUUUGCUGGCCGUAACCCGUCUGCCUGGGAUACAUACUUGACUGCUGCUGAGUUUGCACUGAACAAUGCUGUGAACCGCUCCUCUGGGCAAAGUCCGUUCUUCCUGAUGUACGGAUUCCAUCCCGCCUUGCCUGUUUGGCGUGAGUUGGACGUCUCUGUUCCUGCUGCUAAGACGUUUGCCAAGUCCUUUGUAUCCCGCCUUGCCGAAGCCAAGGCCUGCCUCGAAGCUGCUCAACAACGGGCCGCGGAUUACUACAACCGCAACAAGAAAGACGUGGUCUUCACCCCGGGUCAGUUAGUGAUGUUGAGUACCAAGAACCUUCGCAGUAGGGUCACGGGUCCACGCAAACUGCUUCCUCGCUGGGUUGGUCCGUUCCCUGUAGUACGCAUGGUUGGCUAUGCUGCUGUUGAGCUACGCCUGCCGUCUGACAUGCGGGUUCAUUCCACCUUUCACGUGUCUUUGGUUCGCCCAUACCGUGAAGCUGACGAGUCCUCCCCUAGUGUAACCAAGGAGCCGGGACCGGUGGCUUGGAUUAACAAUGAACCCCAGUACUCUGUUGAGCGCAUCCUGGAUUACAGGCUCCGCCGCGUCCGCUCUGGUCGGCGUCACCGUAACGUGCACGAGUACCUUGUCAAGUGGCUUGGUUACUCGUCUGAGCACAACAGCUGGGAGCCUGCUGCCAACUUCACCCCGGAUCUGAAGCCUCUGCUGGAUGAGGUCCGUCUUCGGUCUCAAGGGGCAGCGAGGACGCUGCCGCGAGAAGGGGGAUAGUUGUUGUAUUACGCUCUGUACUUAGCGUAAUCUGAGUAGCAGCUGUGGCUACUAGUCUUACAGCUGUACGUAAGGCUCUGUAAACCCGUUACUGUCAACGGUAUUCUCGUACUGUCGCGAGAAUGGGACUGUUUCUGUUACAGUCGAGACACUGGUCUCUAGUGCUUAACUGCCUACCGAUUACUGUACGUACUGAUACGUCUGUCUGGGUCGUCAUCUGCAACUUCGAGGCCUGUACGACAACCUCGUACCGCGACGCCGCCUACUUCGGGCUAUGCCCACCCUAAUCGGUAGUUUUCACUACCACCAUCUUUGAUGGACUUAGUUAUUGGAUACCACACAUUGCUGCGCUACAACGACUUGUCGCACGUGCUCGUGCACGAACGGCUGCUGCGCAUCUACCUAGGCGAUCGCAUGGAGAUUUUCCUGUGGUGCAGCAAGACGGACCAGCGCGCUGAGGGCACCACCGUCACAGUGGGUGCAACGGGUGGGCCGUACUGCCCGGUGCGCAUGGUCAGCGAUUUGCUCGCAGCCGGACAGUACAAGCGGCAGCCAGCGCAGGCCGUCUCGCAGACCGGCCGUGUAGUGGAGACGGAGGAUGUAGGGCCGCUGAUGCGCCGUGUCAUCAAGGGGGAAAACGGAGUGCAGAAGCUGGAGCAGGUCACGGCGCCGCUGGACAAGCCCAUCCCGCCCCUGCCUGAUGCAGCCGUGCGGCAGGCGGUAAAUGACCUUUUCCAAGCAGCGGGUAUCAGCAAGCGGAUUCGCUUGCAUGCCUUCCGGGCCGCCGGCGCCUCGGCCGCCGUCAACGCGGGGGCCGAGAGAGAGUCGGUCCAAAACCUCGGCCGCUGGCGCAGCGCGGACGUGAUGCAGCGGCAUUAUAUUAAGGAGAGCACGCAGAAGAAGCGGGCCCUUACCGCACGCAUUGUCGGCGCGACCCAAGGUUAAGAGCACUGUGGUCCUUUCAAGUUCUGGGUGCUGUCAGCACAAUCGGCCACUAGUGCAUCUUAAACAUGGGUUGGGGCGUCGGGAUGUGUGGGUUAGGGUAGGGUUCUUGGCGUGGAGGCGACGUACGGCUGGUUGGCUUCGGCUUACAUUAUCUGCUGUAACGCAUCACGGCAGCUAAAGCAAGAAGAUGCCACUUCUGUAAGAAAGUAUGACUGAAGAAGUAGGUUUCUUGCUAGCUGCCGUGGUGCGUGGAAGCAGAUGGCGCGCUUGCAUGGGUGUACGACAGCGAUGGCAAAUCGACCCAGCCUAUCAGGGCUGUCCACGCGUUUGUGCUUUUAACUGCCGUUGUGAUUGAUAGUAUCGGGUGGCCAUCCCUCUGCCGGGAUUGUGGCCGCCUAGGUCCCACCCGCCUGCCCGAGGUCGCGCCUAGCGAGUGGGGGUUUGCUUGCGUUUCGUCUUUAGUAGGACAACCAGUUUGGGGAGCUUCUUGGACGCCGGUCUCUCAAUUAAGGGGGACAAUCGGCAAUCGAGGUGCAACACUGGGUGCUGUCAGCACAAUCGGCC